UGCACAUGACACCCAAUCACACAACAUGGCCUCCCUAAUCAACCCCAUUUGACAGCUUUUUUAUCUACAUAUAGCCAUAUAAAAAAAUUAAAUAAAUAUAAGGCAAGAAUCCCAUGUGGGAACUCCAACCAAGUUAAAAAAACUUUUGAUUGAAAUUUUUUGUAAUAGCCAAUGAAUAUGUCUGUCCCAAUUUCUCCUAAAGAUGAUGACCAAAUGGAACCUGGUUUACUUCUUGAAGAAAGUUGGUUUUUUGGGAAUUUGCUUGACAGAAAAUCAAGAAUGUUGAGAUGUUAUUCUGAUCCCUGUCCUUCUUAUAAGAAUAGUACUAGUAAUCAAGAUUUUUCAUCUGGAAAAUCUAUAGAGGAAACAUUUUCUUCAUUACAAAAACUCCCACAAAGUGAAAAAAUGAAUCUUGAUUCAAGAAAAAGUAAACCAAGACUACAAAGAGCAUCAUCAGAAGCAUCAUCAGAUAGGUGUAAUUUGCAAAGGGCACCUUCUUUGCCUGUUUUUGUAGACUAUAAAGAAGAACCCCAUGAUGAAGAAAGUGAUUUUUCUAUGGGAAAAUUGAUUAGGCAAGCAUCUAUAACAUCAAUAACAACAGCAGCAACAACAAAGAGCAAAGUUUUUCAAGAAAGUGAACAAGUUCAUGAUGAGGAAAGUGAGUUUUCUAUGGGAAAGUUGAUUAGGCAAGCAUCUAUAAACAAAGUUAAAGUUUCACCUCAGAUGAAUACUUCACAAUUAUUGUUACCAAAAGUGUCACAGGGUAGUAAUCUACAGAGGGCACCUUCUUUGCCAGUUUUUGCAAAAGGGCAAGUAAUUCACGAUGAGGAAAAUGAGUUUUCUGUGGGAAAGUUGAUUAGGCAAGCUUCUUUAAACUAUGCAAAAGUUCUGCCUCCUAAACAUACUUCAAAGCAGGGUCUCACAAGAAGUCCAAGCAUAUCUAGCAUCACAAAGCACCAUUCAAGGAGAAAACAAUAUCAAGAAAGCAGGACUAGAAUUAGUUCAAAUGAUUUACAAGUUGAAGAUUUGCAAAGUUUCAAGAACUUAGACUUGAACAAUGAAAAGGUGUCAAGCCCAGAUUUUGCAAACACAACACCAGGAUUGAAGGACAAGAACAAGAACAAACCAAUAAUUGGCUUAUCAGAAUUAGACAAGAUAAGAAGACCAGAAGAUCACAUGAAAGAACAAAUCAAAUAUUGGGCUAGAGCUGUGGCAUCUAAUGUUCGUUAAGAAGUGACUAUUUUUGCAAGUUUUACUUUAGGAUAUAAAAGCUGAUCAUUUUGCUAUCUGAUUAUAACAGAAACAUCUUAUGUUUCUGCAUCUUAUAAGACUAAAUUUAUUGUUAAUUACAAGACUUUGUUGCAUAAACAAAGUAUUCAUUGUGGGAAUAAUUUUGUAAAAAGAUUUGAUCAUUGUUGCAAUAUUUUUAUGAUGUAGUAGCAUGUCAAUGUUAGA